CACAACCAGCGCUCCCUGGUCAGGCCGCCCCUUCCCUUCGUCACCACUGCCGGCGCUCCCUGGUCAGGCUGCCCUCCCCUUCGUCACCAGCGUCGCCGCUCCCUAGCAGGCCGCCCCUCCCCUUCGAAUCAGAUCGCAGAAGUGGUCGGGAAGAUCCUCGAGCUCGGCAUGCUCGCGCCAGUGGUAGGCGCCGUUGGAUGUGGACGCGGAGGCUCGGGACUUGCACGCCCUACUCUACCCUGUUCCUUCCAAUCCGGCCCCGAAGUGCUCGAGGAGGCGCUCGAGGUCGGCAUGCUCACCGGCGAUGCUUGGUCCCUCCAUUCUCCUGGUUCCCUCACCGUCGCCAACAUGAGCCUCUCCACUCUCUCCCGCGCGAUCGUCCAGGUCUAGCCCCUUCUGGUUGUGAGUGGAUCCAAGAGUUCAUAUGAUGCAGUAUCUUUUUGAAAGAUGAUACAUUAUCUUCAUAAAAGAAAGGAAGUUGGAGAAGUUAUUAUUGAAGAGGAAUUCAGUGCUAUGUGCUUCUCAAGAGCUAAACUGGAACAAGAAGUGCAUGACUCUCAUGCCUACACUAACUAAUCAGGGGUGAGAAUUACUUAUCGAUGACUCGGGCAUCAACUCUUGAUUUUCGGCGGAAGACACAGGGUCAGAACAACUGGUCUGGGCCGUUGCGCCCAGUAAAUGCCAUCAAAAAUAAAUUCCCUACCUAUAAGAAUGGUACGAAUGGGAUAGUCAUCAAAUUUGCUGAUGAGCCAGAAACGCCAUGACUUAAGGAGUCUGUUGCCAAAGAGACAACAGAUCUGCUUGAUCGGCGUCAGCGUCUUUCAGUCCACGAGCUCGCAAUGAAAUUUGAGAAGGGCCUCAAUACUGCCACAUUAUUAUCUAACGAGGUUAAAUGUAAACAAGUGGCUUUAUUAGAGCGAGACAUCCUUCUGAAGAAUCUAAAGAGUGUAUUGGAGUCACUGAGAGGUCAAGUAGCUGGCAAAUAUAAGGAUGAAAUUGAGGAAUCGGUAUCUAUGGUGGAUAUUUUAGCAGUUCAGCUGUCCAAAACAGAAAAUGAGUUGCUUCAGCAGAAAACCGAGGUCACGAGAAUAGCGACUUCACUAAAACUGGCUUCUGAAGAUGCUAGGAGAAUUGUUGACGAAGAACGAACUAAUGCACGCAUGGAGAUUGAAAAUGCUAGAGCUGCUGUACAAAGAGUUCAAAAAGUACUUAAAGAGAAAGAGAACAAUUCACAAAGAAUUAGAAAGGAGUUGCAGCCCACCUAAUAGGACUGCUUGAUUCCGUCGAGUAUGGAAAAAGCGAAAGGUAUUUUACGGUCUCUUUUGCGUUCUUCUUCUGUUACUUGCAUAUUUUCUGUGGUAUCAUUCAAGUCAUCUACUGAUGUCUUCCUUGGGUUUCUCUCAAAAGCGAAAGGUAAAAACAACAUGAUAGCAAACGAGUAUGGAAAAAGCACAAUCAUUUUACCUUCUAUAUUUUUAUCUGCAAUUACAUCAGACGUGCCCGUAGCUUUAGGAGGAUAUGUUGAUUCAUUAUGCGGGAUUGAUGUAUCAACCGAGCUAGCUGGGUCAUCUAAUAUAACAUGCUUGGUUAGUAUUUAUUAAAAUGGCUGAACCAUGAAUGCUAGGAUGUAACAUAAAAUAAUCUUACUUGAAUUACAAAGGGGACGAAGAUCAACUUUCCUGUGCUUAUCAUCUCACGUGGGUUUGAUUAGCUGCCCCAACAUAUGAUCUGCCCCAACAUUAGUUCCUAUUGUAAUCCAGCAUGGGCGUUCAGAAAGCAAAGAGAAGUUAAACAUAAUCACAAAUAGUAUGAUUGUCAAAUACGCACAUAUAACUAACGACAUUGUAAAUCCACCAAAUAUGUACCAGGGAUCACAUAUGAAGAUUGUUGAACAUUUGUGAUAUCACAUAGAGUACGGCGGUGAACAAUCGGCCCAUCGUCUAGAUGGUUUAUAAAACCAUCUGACUUCUUAGUGCGAUAAGAUGCCCGCCUCCACGCGUUGAUAAGAUCCCUAUGGUCUACCAUUUUUACAACAGGUAUGAGAGUUAGAGAACAAAAAAAGUAUGUACAAAUCACUUAGAUAGAUGUUGAUACAACAUCUAUGAAACCAACACGGGGAACAUCUAUGAAGUCAGGUUACUAUAACGAUUAAUUUGCAUACUAUAGGUAUUCAGAAAAACCCAAGAGUAGUCAGCAAAAUCACGCUUAAAUACUUACCAGUCUUUGAAAGGGAUGGCUGAUUAUCCUCUUGUAACCUGACCAUAUCCUCCUCUUUUUUCUUCCGAUAAGAUUCACGCCUCUAUGCGUUGAACUGCUCCCUUGUUUCGCCAACGUUUUUUUCUUCAUUACAUACAGCUACUGUUGCAUGCUGCUUGGAAGUUUUGUCAUCUGCAUUACGUUAAGCGUAAAAACCACAAAGCCCAUUAAGCUCAUCUGGGAAAAUGGACUAAACCUCUCUGAUCCGCUACCGGAGAUGUCGAUUUGGAAGCUGUAUAAGCAUGCCUGUGAAUACCUUGAGUAUCACCUCGUAGCUUAGUCAUACCAUCCUUAUUAUUCUCAGAAUACGAUGGAAUCCCGUCGUUUGAAGGUUCCCGCCCUAGAUCUUAGCAAUCAACAAAAUAUACGGUAUGCACGAAACAUUAGCAGCAAUCUUGACACAGUCUUAUACCUGCUCCCGUCGUGUAAAUAUCGUGAAUAUUUGCAUGUAAGGGUAUGAAGUUUGCAUUGUAGUCUCCAACAUUUAUCCCGCUCGUAAGGACUGCAACACAUAAAAUGCAUUCUGCCACUUUCAGAAAUGCACGUGAGGCAACAUUUAUAACCAAUAUUCGCACAGUAUUAUACCUAAUUCCGUCGUGUAAACGUUAUCAACAAUUUCAGCUACGGGUAUGAUGCUCGCAUUGUGUUCUGCAUCACUUCUCCCGCUUGUAAGACCUGGAAGACAUUAUGCAUACAGCCUGUCACUGUCAGAUAUUCAGGUCUCGCAACUAAACAAAAACAUGGUAGACUGCAUCAUACCUGUAGUUACGUCAUCUUCUGGUUGAUGUUCGUGUGCCGUGCUUUUUGAAUUCCCCAUAUGCAACUAUUGAAUGGCAAAAAUCAUGAAGACAGAAAUGGUAGUUCUUUGAUGAUCUUCACCAACAUGGUAAUUUCUUCUACAUCUUUGACAUUCUGCAAGGGUUAUUGUUCUACAUAUAUACUGCAACAUGUUGCUAGCAUAUACUGCAAUUGUAUUUUAUUCUACAUAUAUACUGCAAUGGCACUUUCAUCUACAUCUUCUACAUCUCUGUACUUUAUUAGAAUGCAAGUCUUUUUGUUCUAUCUUUAGUUCAGCACAAGUGGAAACAUACUCUUGGGUCUUGUAUGGUUUAUGUUUUCUUUUUUGCCAUAUUCACUCAAGUGCAGGAUGCAGGAUACUCCUUGGUACAAAAAAUGCCAAUUGCCAACUGUAAACAUGUGUACUUGAGUCUAUUUUUAACAUGAAAAAAACCUAAACUGUGUGCAACAGAAAUCAAUCUCGCAGGCGGAU